AUGCCGUCUGCCAAGCAGCUGGCCGACAUUGGCUACAAGACCUUCUCUGCCUCGAUGAUGCUCCUCACUGUGCACAGGGGCUACCUCUGCAGCGUUGACCUGCAUUACCUCAGCUCACGCAGUGCCAGGCGCCAGGCACGGCGGAAGAAACAGAAGACCUCAAGGUCUGAGCUCGGCUCUUCCUUUGGCGCCUUCCGGCCGUGA